GACGAAGGGAGCCACGACUCACUACGAUUUGCCAGUCGGGCAUACGCGGCCAGGUUUACUCGUGUUUUAGAUUGAGACGGGGAUCCUAGCGUCUUGUGUUGAUCCCGGACAUCAUCGGAGAGGACCGUUUCUUAGAUUACUGUUCGGUUAGAACCUCGGAUUCAAAAUGGGAUUCAAAUUUCUAGAGGUGAUAAAACCGUUCUGCAGCAUACUCCCGGAAAUAGAGAAGCCGCGACGAAAAAUCCAGUUCCGGGAGAAGGUGUUAUGGACAGCAAUCACAUUGUUUAUUUUCCUGGUAUGCUGUCAGAUUCCUCUGUUUGGCAUUAUGUCUUCGGACAGUGCGGAUCCAUUCUAUUGGAUCCGUGUGAUACUUGCAUCCAAUAGAGGUACUCUUAUGGAAUUAGGUAUCUCACCUAUUGUUACAUCUGGACUGAUCAUGCAGAUCUUGGGUGGUGCCAAAAUUAUUGAUGUUGGUGAUACCAUAAAGGACAGAGCUCUUUUUAAUGGGGCACAAAAAUUAUUUGGUAUGGUGAUCACUAUUGGUCAAGCCAUCGUCUAUGUAAUGACAGGAAUGUAUGGUGACCCGACUGUAAUUGGAGCUGGAGUUUGUUUACUGAUCAUUAUACAAUUGUUCGUUGCUGGACUGAUCGUAUUGUUGUUGGACGAACUGCUCCAAAAAGGAUACGGAUUGGGCAGUGGAAUCUCCUUGUUCAUUGCAACCAAUAUUUGUGAGACGAUCGUAUGGAAAGCGUUCUCUCCUACCACUGUUAACACUGGACGUGGCACGGAAUUCGAGGGUGCUGUGAUCGCAUUGUUCCAUUUGUUGGCCACGAGACAAGACAAAGUUCGUGCCCUUCGUGAGGCUUUCUACAGGCAAAAUCUUCCCAACUUGAUGAACUUGCUCGCCACCAUUUUGGUGUUCGCGAUUGUUAUAUACUUCCAGGGCUUCCGUGUUGAUUUGCCAAUCAAAUCUGCCAGAUAUAGAGGCCAGUACAGUAGCUACCCUAUUAAACUGUUCUACACCAGCAACAUCCCGAUUAUUCUUCAGUCCGCAUUAGUAUCGAAUUUGUACGUUAUUUCGCAAAUGCUGGCAGUCAAGUUCCAAGGUAACAUCAUCGUGAAUCUUCUGGGAGUGUGGUCGGACGUCGGCGGCGGAGGGCCAGCUAGGUCCUAUCCUGUCGGAGGAUUAUGUUACUAUUUAUCACCGCCGGAGUCCGUGGGCCACAUAUUACAAGAUCCGAUACACGCCGUCCUCUACAUCUUCUUCAUGCUCGGGUCUUGCGCUUUCUUCUCAAAAACGUGGAUUGACUUCUCCGGUAGUUCAGCCAAAGACAUUGCCAAGCAGCUGAAGGAGCAACAGAUGGUGAUGAGGGGGCACAGAGACAACUCCAUGAUCCACGAAUUGAACAGAUAUAUCCCGACUGCUGCAGCCUUCGGCGGUUUGUGUAUCGGUGCUCUGUCAGUGUUGGCAGAUUUCUUGGGCGCAAUCGGCUCCGGCACCGGUAUUCUGCUAGCCGUGACUAUUAUAUAUCAAUACUUCGAGAUUUUCGUCAAGGAGCAAAGUGAAAUGGGUGGCAUGAGCACACUGCUAUUUUAAUUCGAAUUCUCCUGCAUAGACUUUAAAAGUGAACUUUUUUUAAUUCCGAAGAACUGAAAUAAUAAUAAUUUAUUGUAACGCAAGCCCGACGACGUGAGGCGACGUCGACGCCUGUUGGUCACAUACUGGCGGGACUGGAGAACGGGGCGGUCUUCAUUUUGUAUCGAACCGCACAGCAAAACAAAAAGGAAACAUAAUCGCAUUACACACAUAUAUGAACAUUAUGUGAUAGACUUCUCCUUAAAACAAUUUAUUUUUCUUUUUUUUUCUCGCAUACGAUCGUCAUAUUCUAGAGAAAUAUUUAAUUAUCGUUUCAUGCUCUUUCAUAUAUCAAAUUUUUAACCGGACAGCAUCAACGCGAGACAUAUGUUGACGGAACGUAUUGAGAACACGUUCACGUAUAUGAAAAAUGCUCGAAUGUAAAUACCGGGCUUCGACGUCCGGGAUUCUCAAGGAAGGAUGUAAUAUCUGUUACACGACGAGCGAUGUACAUAGGAAGAAAGUAAUUAAAUAUUUUCAACAUUUUUAAUAGUGUUCUAUACUCCGAGUGAUCGAACGAAAUCACGCUAAAAACUCUCUUUCCAUCUCCAUCUUUACUCUCUCUAUCUAUCUUCUUCUUCCAAAGGGCGAGAUUCGAGUGGUUGAAAACCAUAAUCUAUGUAAUCAUUUCUCGAGGACGAGACACCCACCUAGGGUAUAUUCGCGGAACAUGUUCAAAUGAGUGUUCAAUCGUACCAUCAUCCCUGUAUUGAUUACAAAAAUUCCACUAAAUUAAUUGCUUUCUCAUAUGUAUUUAGGAGGGUGCGCUGUUAGAACAAAAAAAAAGGUUUCCGUUUUCACUGCUAUCUGUUCCUCUGCUCCAAAAGCGACGAAAAAGCACUGUACGAUGCGAGCAUGCGAAGGUCUGUAAUUGUAAGCAUACUGCAUAAUAUUUAUACGGCGUCCUAUGAACUGUAUAUUACUUAGUUGUACAACAAACAAGAAAAAAUGGAAUUUCUUAUUUUAUAUACCAUA